AUGGAGCCAGUCGAAGGUCAGGGAAGCCCCCCUAAAGUCCUUGACAGACUCUUCAAAACUACAAAAACUUCCACUAUCCCCCAUCUCACAGAACUUCGCAAGGCCCUUGGCUACGGCAACCCAGGCCAGGAACAGGACAUCGCCUUUAAAAGGGCUAUCAGAGCCCAGAUCGAGUCCUUUGUAUCUCCUAGCACCAAACUACCUGCAUACAAACUCACCAAGUGGAGGUUGCCUCUUCACCAAAGAGGGCUCCAAGAGGUCACCAAAGACUUUCUCGAUACCAAGGGAAAGGGGCCUGAGUUCUGGCCUGCGAGGGAUAACUCUGUUAAUACAAGGUGUCUCGAGUAUUCUAAAGACUCUUCUCGGAUACGUCGUCUCAUGAUCAAAGUAUUUUGGCGUGCAGCCCGAGAGUACAAACGAAACAAGCCCUCAACUUCUACCACUACCAAGCUGCCAUCACAGCCCGGCAAUAGAGACACUUCACCAUUAAAGCCCCCGGACACACCGAGCGACGACAAACACCAAGUCCUCAACAACUCGCAUAUUCUCAAAGGCCAGAGUAUCGACAACCCUAUAGAUGUUGAGAGCAUGCAAUCCAGAACCAACACAUCAGGGCCGUCCACAGACGAUCACUUUACAAGCCUUAUGACUUUCAAUUUAUAUCUUCCCCAACAACGACGGGAGACGCCAGAGGAGAGCUCGAGCUCUGAGCCCUUUUCGUCUUCUCAAUUAUUCCCUUACACAGAGGGAACUAUGAUGCCUAUUCGCGAAGAAGCAGAGAGUGCGUCUGGGACAGACCUGUACGAAGUGCCUCUAAGCCCUCCAAGGGCCACUGAAAGUGUUGGUGCACAGCUUAAUGGCAAGCGCCCGGUCGAGCCAGACUCCAAUGACAGCAGCCGUCAGGCCAAAGUCCUGAGACAAGACCCGAGCACGUCUGCGAAAUCGAUACCCCAGCCUCCAAAGAGCACUCGAGGUGGUAGAAAGACACAGAGUCUCCCUCCCCUCCGAAGCUCUCAACGGAAGAGAAAGCAAGUUCAUCAACCGGGGGCUGCUACAGAAGAACAGAUUCAAGCUGCUGAACAUCCAACCCCUUCACCUCCCCCAGCUGUAGUUGGACCUCAGCAUGGGAGUAUUGCGAGCCAGAGCGAACAGCCCUCAACCACCGCUAAUGAUUCCACCCCAAGAACUUCAGCUGGGGGGACACAAGGCCAGUCUCCAAACGAAGCUAUCAGAGCAGAGUUGGCCCGCCAGGCUGAAAGGCAGACUACAGAGGCAGCCAUAGCAGCGGGUGUAGACCGACAACUAGAUGCCCGCGGCACGUCUACCACUGGCCUCUCCGCCAAAGCUCAAGGAAAGCUACCUGAGGUGCCGGUCAGGCAGAGCCCAACGGUCCAAGCUGGGCCAAGUCGGGAGCGGGAGCGGGAGCGGGAGCGGGAGGCGGAGUCUACAGCGAGACCAGAGGCCAGUACAGCGAGACAACCAGGCGGCCUCUCUGGGAACCUGGAGCCUGAAGACACACAGCGACAAGUACCGAAUGGACAUGAAAUAGCCAUCGUCAUCAGAUCCGAUAUCGCUAAUGGCGUCGACUUUAUGUCCUGGAAACCGUCAUCUUUCUUGUUCGACAUGUCUCUUGCGGCUGUGGCUGGCGAGUUGGGGUUGAGGCACGGCCGAACCCUUCACAUGUCUCUUAGAGGCCGAUUGUCCAACUUGUGUGAAAAAUUCGAGGAUGGCGACGAAGACGGAUUUGAAUCCUUCAAAGAUGAGUGCCUGGGAGUUAUUAUGCAGCGACAUUCUGGGGCUGCAUCUACUCCAGUAUUGCAGAGACAACAGUUUAGGAUUUACUUUUCGGAUAAGCCCAUUUCUAUCUGA